CCAGCUUUAGGUUUCUUGCGUACAACGGUACAAAUUCUUUUAAAAAUUUCCCGUCUUUCAGAGAAUCGAAAACAAUGGAUAAUACUGAUGAUCCUAGGGUUUCAGAGUCGAACUUCGAGAUGUUGUUACUUGUCGCUGCCAUGGUUUACGAUGAAGAGUACAGUACUCACGAGGAAGAGAAAUCAAAGACCAUUGACGAAGAAACAGAGAUAGAAGCAAGAAUCUUUGGAGAUAAAGUACCGAGAAAGAACAGAACCCACCGAUCAUCUUCUUCUUCUCGCAAGACGUGUGCGAUCGAACAACAGAGAUCAUCGGAACUUCAAAACCCUAAUACCGAAUCGGAACCUUCUUCUUCUUCUUGCGUUACCCAGUUCAAGAAACGUCGUCACAUUGACACCAUGGAAGAGAGAAGUCUCAAGAAACUUAAAAUCGAUGGUCCUUUAGAGGUGGAACCAAUUCAAACGACACCACCGGUAUGGCUUCUGAACGUGAUGAAGAGAGAAGAGAACGGCUACAAUCCAAAGCUGAUCUCAACGAGGAAACUGUUUAAGACUGAUCUCGCCAGUCUUCAAGCACGUCUCUCAGUACCUUUUAGGCAAGUGAAAGAUCCAGACUUUUUGACAGAGGAAGAAACAAGAAUCAUAAAUGAACAAGCUUUGAAGAUUCGUAAAGAAGGUGUGAGUGUUGAUUUGGUGGAUCCUUUGUUGAAGAAGCAUGUCCUUGAUCUGAGGAAAUGGAAGAUGACUGGAAACUGGUAUUAUGUCUUUGUUGAUGGUUGGAAAAAUGUGCUUGCUGCUAAUAGCUUUAAAGUCGACGACUUUUUUCCUCUCUGGUCUUUCCGAUCUGGAACAGGUAAACUCUGUUUUGCUCUUGUGCCUCCUACGGCGAGCCACGACGGCGCCUCUACUUCCGGCGAAUGUUGCUACGGAAACCCUAUUCUUGACUACGAUUCCGGUCACUACGCUGGCGAAUAAAGUGUUCCAUACCCUUAUCCGGGUGGAAGCACAAGUUCCACUCCUACUUGGGACUUACCAAGAUCCUCCUACCAUCAAACUGGACGGCCAGACUCAAGAUUCACAUCAAUGUAUGGCAGUGAGCGUGAAUCCAUCUCUGCUCAGUCGUGUGAUGUGGUACUAGAAGAUGACGAGCCAAAAGGAGUAGAUGGCUCAAGUAGAGCCCGUCGCGAGGUAUUCGACAAGUGGCAGGCUCAGAGAUGGUGGGAUGAGAACUAUGACAGAAUAUCGCAGAGAGAUUCUACUUACACAAGAAUUGAUUCAGCAAGAGAAAGCAGAGACUGGACACAAAGAGACAACAACUUCAGACCACCAAGAGGCAGUGUCCCACAUCAUUUUUAUGGACCUCCAAUGGAUGCAGCAAGAAUCACCACCUCAUCGAGGGACGAACCGCCAUCCAUGAGUAAUGCUAGUGAAAUGCAAGCUGAGUGGUUUGAAGAGGACGAGCCUGGUGUCUACAUUACCAUCAGACAAUCAGAUGGAACCAGAGAACCAGUUUUUUCAGCAUUUUAUAUCCUAAUUUAUUUGGCGGUUAACCGUAAACCUUUCGAACCUGGUGUUUGCAGUCGGAAAUGGUUUGUGGAAGUGCCUGCCAAGACAUGGUGGGAGCAGAACAGAGAGAGAAUACAAACCCAAUACCUCUAAGAGGACAAAAAAAAGAGACCAAUAUUUAAUCUUCUUUAACACAACAAAGGUAUACACAAAAAUCAAAAUUUUGUUCAUCUUCUUAAAUUUGGAAGAAAAUCAGAAUGUGAUACGAACACAAAAUAAAAAUUUGAUUUUUUA